UUUUUAAAGGCCAAAAUGGAAAUAUUGUACAGAACAGAUAUAUAAGAUUGUUUCUAUGAAUCUGUGGUGGAAUUCCUCUGAUAUAUUUACUCUGAAAUGUGUUAUUAGCAAACCUUCUGGACAUCACUGGCUGGAGUGUCCACAAGAUGAGUCUGUUUGCAAAUUAUACUUGGAUAAAUUUUCAAAUGAGAUUUGGGACAAAGGUGAUAAUGGACAGAAAUACAGCAGUUGAAAUAUUUCUAAACAAAAGACUAUAGAAUCAAAAAGGUUAAAAAAGAUUAUAUAUUGUGAUUUUUGAAGAAAUAAAAUGGAAAAGAGUGAGAAACUAAAGGAACAGAUUUUUCCAGAAGAUAACAAAAAAGAGAGGCGAAAAUUAUCACGUGACUGUGAUGUCUGUAAACAGUCCUCUCAAAAGGGUCACUUGAAUAGGCACAAAUGUAUUCAUACAGGGGAGAAACCAUUUCACUGUGACAUCUGUGGUAAAUCAUUCUCUAAAAAAAUUAACUUGACUACACAUCAACGUGUUCAUACAGGGGAGAAACCAUUUCACUGUGACAUCUGUGGUAAAUCAUUCUCUAAAAAAAUUAACUUGACUACACACCAACGUAUUCAUACAGGAGAGAAGCCAUUUCACUGUGACAUCUGUGGUAAAUCAUUCCCUCAAAGUAAUACCUUGACUACACACAAACGUAUUCAUACAGGAGAGAAGCCUUUUCACUGUGAUGUCUGUGGUACAUCAUUCUGUGACCAAAGUGCUUUAAAUUCUCACAUACGUGUUCAUACAGGGGAAAAGCCAUUUCACUGUGACAUCUGUGGUAAAUCAUUCUCUCAAAAAGACAGCUUGACUACACACAAACGUAUUCAUACUGGAGAGAAGCCAUAUCACUGUGAUGUCUGUGGUACAUCAUUCUCUGACCGAAGUGCUUUAAAUUCUCACAUAACUGUUCAUACAGGGGAGAAGCCAUUUGACUGUGACACUUGUGGGAAAUCCUUCUCUAAAAAAAUUAACUUGACUACACACCAACGUGUUCAUACAGGGGAGAAGCCAUUUCGCUGUGACAUCUGUGAUAAAUCAUUCUCUAAAAAAAUUAACUUCGCUACACACCAACGUAUUCAUACAGGGGAGAAGCCAUUUCACUGUGACAUCUGUGGUAAAUCAUUUCCUCAAAGUAAUAACUUGACUACACACAAACGUAUUCAUACAGGAGAGAAGCCAUAUCACUGUGAUGUCUGUGGCAAGUCUUUCUCUGACCAAAGUGCUUUAAAUUCUCACAUACGUAUUCAUACAGGAGAGAAACCAUUUCACUGUGACAUUUGUGAUAAAGCAUUCUCUCAAAAAGGUAGCUUGACUACUCACAAACGUAUUCAUACAGGAGAGAAGACUUAUGAAUGUGAUGUCUGUGGUACAUCAUUCUUUGGCCGAAGCGCUUUAACUUCUCACAUACGCAUUCAUACAGGGGAAAAGCGAUUUCACUGUGACAUCUGUGGUAAAUCAUUCUUUCAAAAAGAUAAUUUGACUACGCAUAGACGUAUUCAUACAGGAGAGAAGCCCUAUCACUGUGAUGUCUGCAGUACAUCAUUCUCUGACCGAAGUGCUUUAAAUUCUCACAUACGUGUUCAUACUGGAGAGAAGCCAUUUCACUGUGACAUCUGUGGUAAAUCAUUCUCUGCAAUGGUACAUUGACUAAACACAAACUUCUUCAUACUGGAGAGAAGCCAUAUCACUGUGAUAUCUGUAGUAAAUCAUUCUCUCAUCGAAAUGCCUUAAAUUCUCACAAACGUGUUCAUACAGGAUAGAAGCCAUAUCGGUGUAAUUUCUGUAGUAAAUCAUUCUGUCAAAGUAGUGCUUUAACUUCUCAUAAACAUGUUCAUUCAGAAGAGAUACCAUAUUCUUGUAAUAUCUGUGGUAAAUCAUUUUCAUGCAGCAGUUCUUUAAUUCA